AAGAAAAGGGGGUAUGAUUUAAAGGUCUUGUCAUAGACAACAGCGUAAAACAAUUAAAAAACUGUUCUUGCGUUAUAACCUAUCGAUAACGUAUACAAGACAAAAAGCGACCGUUCAACAAAGCUGUCGGCUCAAAGAUUGAUACCUUGGAAUUCAUUUUGGAUUAAAGAAAGGAAAAACUUGCAUGAAUAUAAGAGUCCCAAUGACGUCAACAAACAAAAAACUUUGAGUAUAGCAUUUGGUAAGAAAAGGUCAGAGUCAUCCACAAGAGGAAGAAGCUACCAUGUCGGUUCUAACAAAGGACGAGAUGGAGUUAAUCAGGGAAGAUUUAGAAUGCAUCAAGACCCUGCCCAACCCCCCAAAGGCCAUCCAGGUCACACUGGAGGCGGUGGCCCUCCUCCUGGGAUACCCACCGAGGCAGGCACGGAACUGGAGUUUCAUGCGACAACUAUGCAACAGAGGUCCCCUGUUGAAAAAGAUGCAGGAGUUCCAGUGUGAAGAUGUAGAGCUGGCCUCGGCAAAGAGGGCCAGAACCCUCUUAUCUUCCUACAACCGGGAAACAAUAAUCAAAAUAAGCGUCGCGAUCGUCAAUUUGUUUAACUGGGCCGAAAGUACCAUGUCAGAGGUGGAUAAUUACUUGAACACAAGGAUGGAGCUAAAUAAAGCGAGGAAAUCAUCGAACAAUCGGAAUAACAACUGAAUGUUGACUAAUACUGACUACUUUUGACACUAUCUACAAGCAAUCUCGAACUAUUCUAGUCAUUCUGAUUAUCUGAAGUUUCGUUGUCUUGACCAAUGUUUGUUCCUCCAUGUUUUGCAUCGUUUCAUUCACGGACCGGAAGUUGCUGCAAAAAUGCAUUUACCGAUCGGAAACUGCUGUAGAAGUCAUUGUGUAUACUCUUUGUGUUAACUGUUUAAUGAAUUUACAAAUCAAUCACACAUUUUACCUUUUUUGCAAGAUAGGAUACAUUUAAAAUAAAUUUGAAUGAGA